CUUUGGCAUUGGUCAAUUAGAAAAGGUAUACAGUUAUGAUUCCCAUCCAAAUUCGUUUCUCGUCUGGAGCGCGCCUUCGCAUCAUCAUCAUUCAACAAAGUUACAAAACCCAAAUUAGUCUCAUCGUCUUGAUUAGUGCUAAUUACUGAGUAAUAGUAAUCAUCAUAAAUAAUUAUACUUGAUGAUUCCUCUCUAUCUGUCUUCUCUGCGGCUUGCCGAAAUAUUCAGCCACUUCUUCUCUGGGUUCUCCACGCAAUCUCUCGCCAUCACUCAUCCGCUUGUUUAUACUUCCAAGUAAGUACUCUCUCUCAUUCUCUGGUUCUGUCUUCCCCUGCAUCUCAUUCGAUUCAGUUCAAGAUCCUCUUUUGCAUAUUCAACCUUGAUCUGUGUCAUCGAACUUCUUUUUAUCGAUCUGUUCUCCGGUUAUUUGUGCGGAGUAGUGAGUUUAAUGUACUCGAGCUCAUUCGUUCUAUGUAUUCAUGUUAUGUGUGGGUUAGAUCUUGACUAAGUGAUCUGGAAUAAUCUGCUCUCUUCUUUUGGUUAACUUCCAGGGGUAUGUAAUUUGGACGGUAGGGAUUAAAGAUAAUGCUCAUCAGAUUAGCUCGUUGGUUCGUUUGGUAUAAGGGAAUUUAGAGAACCCAGAAUUGGAUUCAUACAUGUUGUAUUGGUCAGAAGUAGUAUUAACUCAGAAAUGGAUUUGCACGGAAAUCCACAGGGAGAGCAUGGGAGGUUUGAGCAGAUUCUCUCCCAGUUUCUUCUGAAAAGUUUGCAUAUAGUAUUGGAUUCGAGGGUUCCUUCAACAAGAAACCAAGCGCGAAUAGGAGAAGUUAAAAAAAGUGACAAAUGGUUUAAUUUGGUGUUAGGAGAUCGUCCUUCUGUUCUUGAUAAUUUGAAUUUUUGGCAUAGAAAUUUGAUGGAACCUAUGAAUAUUGAUAUUGUUCUUGUUCAAGACAAGCCAGGGUCUGGUUUAUCAUCAACUGUUAUAGAGAGGUGGAUUGUUCAAUAUGAGAGUAAAAGGACUUCAUCCUCUCAAGUUGGGGAUUCUUCUUCUUACAAAAAAACAUACAAGAAGCUAAUUAUACUUUUACGGUCCCUUUAUUCAAUGACAAAGCUCCUUCCAGCUUAUAAGGCCUUCAGGAAACUAAGUUCUUCUCAGAGUUGUGAUUUUGAACUUAAUUACAAAGUCUCUUCAUUUAGUGCUCCCUUUUCUAGAACAGAAGAGCAGUUGAUGAAACAUUAUUCUUUCAUUCCCGUUGAUGUUCAAAACGGCUGUUUUUGUUUAUCCGUGACAUAUCAUGAGAAUCUUCUCUCUGAGUUUAAUCUGGAAACUUCUGCUUGUUUUCCUACUGAGAUUAUCACAGAUUAUGUUGGUAGUCCUCUUGCUGAUCCUAUGAGGUCAUUUCCUUCCAUGUCACUGGAUAAGGGUGUCCUCCCUACAUCGUACCCCUUAAGAAGGACACAGUCAUCCACUCCGGGACCAUUUCACCGGCCCCAUAGUUGGACGAGUGGAGUCCACAGGGGGAUUUCCUUAGCUCAGAAUGACCGGCUUCGUUGGACGGCUGGGGUCCACAACGGGAUUUCCUUAGCUCAGAAUGAACGUUUUUUAGGAUCUCCAUCUCCACCCUUUUCACCACCUGCAUACAUCUCAGAAAGUUCCCCAGUCAAUAUCCCACACUCGAUGAACAUCCGAAAUUCCAGAUACACUUCUCAUAAUUUUUCUGACCCCAACAGGAUUUUACUCCCACCUCAAUCCCCUAGAAGCACGAAGCAUGACUCCUUGUCUCAUGAAUAUCCUUCUGGAAUUAGGGCAUUGAAGAAACCGGAUGCAGCAAGGGCAGGCGAGACAAUGUUCGGUAGUGCGAAUCUGAGUCCGAAGAUUUCAAGAGAUGUCAAAGAUGAUUCCGGACGUUUUUCUUCAAGUGAUUCGCCACGUAUAGGAUUCUCAAGAAGUUCCAGUAGAGUAUCAGUCCAGGGGGAUUUGGAUGACCCUGACUUUGCUUGCCCAUUUGUUGUUGAUGAUGUUGAUAGUUCCAGUUCCCUAGCCAGUCAAAACCUAGACAAGAAGGCCGUGGGUCCAGAAUCGCCUGCACAGGCAUUUUUUGGAACCAGAAAAGCACAAGACUCUGCUGUUGGUGCCCUUGUCCAGAUGCUGAAGACAGCUCCCCCACUACGCCAAGAUACUAGCUGCUAUUCCACCACUUCUUCUGUAAAACCUGAUCUUGAAGGAGAAGGAAUAACUGCUUCUUUUGACCUUUCUGCCCCUCGAAAGAUCUCAGAUGCAUUGGAGGAGCUUAAAGCAUACAAAGAACUCAAAGAUGUUCUGCUCUCUAAGAGCGCACUCCGCAAUUCAGAAUCCUAACCCUCUUAGUUUAUCCCAUUUGGCCAUGUAAACUGUUCUCCCAUUGACUUGUACUGUAGCAACUGCAUAUAGAUUAACCAAAUUGUGUACAUAGUUGGAAAUGAAAAGUCAUUAGGGAAGGUUGGUGGCCUGUAACUCUGCAGGUAUUAAUGCCUAUUGAAUUGGAUUACUUGGACGGGUUUCUGCAUUUGUACUUCUAGGAGGUGUUUACUUCACUGCUAAAGUUACUCUUAGGUUAG